ACAUGGGAGCAAAAGCUGAAUUCUAGUGACUGGGACAAAAACUCAGGCGUGAGACGCGUCGCCUGCCGGUGAGUGUUUAAGUUCAUGAGGGCAUCGGGUCUGGAGAGCAAGGCGAGCAGCUGAGCAGGAGAACAAGAAGGGAGAGCAGAGUGGAAGUUGGCUGGACGGAGGAGGAGGAGAAAGAGAAGAAGCAGCUCAGAGGGAGAAGGAGACACAAGGCGGGGAGUGGGACAAACAAAAAAUGCCCACUAACUUCACUGUGGUCCCGGUGAAGGACAGCACUGGGAAGGCAAAAGAAGGGCAGGAAGAGGAGGAUGUAGAGGAGGACAAUGUGCUGAAAGAGGAAGAAGAUCCUACAGGUGAUGGCGUCCCGAAGGAAAACAGUCCGUUCAUCAACAACACCGAGCAUGACAAGAACAACAGUUAUGAUGGCACCAACAUGGCUCUUUUUGAGGAGGAGAUGGACAGCCACCCCAUGGUGUCAUCACUUCUCAACAAACUGGCCAACUACACCAAUCUCACCCAAGGAGCGCAUGAGCACGAGGAAGCUGACGAAGAGGAGGGCUCCAAGAAGAAAGCUGUUAAGAGCCCUCAGAUGGGAACCUUCAUGGGCGUCUACCUCCCCUGCCUUCAGAACAUUCUGGGGGUCAUCCUGUUUCUCCGCCUUACCUGGAUCGUCGGCACCGCCGGCAUCUUGGAGUCCUUGGGGAUCGUGGGCUUGUGCUGCACCUGCACAAUGCUGACAGCGAUAUCCAUGAGUGCAAUUGCUACCAAUGGUGUUGUACCAGCUGGAGGGUCUUACUACAUGAUCUCCAGAUCUCUGGGUCCAGAGUUUGGUGGGGCGGUGGGUCUCUGUUUCUACCUUGGAACAACCUUUGCAGGUGCCAUGUACAUUCUGGGUACCAUUGAGAUUCUGCUGACCUACAUUGUGCCUCAAGCUGCCAUCUUUAAGGCAGAGCGAAAGGAGGAGGAAGUUGAUGCCCUGUUAAACAACAUGCGUGUCUAUGGCACCUGCUGCCUGACACUCAUGGCAAUAGUUGUCUUUGUUGGGGUCAAAUAUGUCAACAAACUCGCCCUGGUCUUCCUGGCUUGUGUUAUUCUCUCCAUCCUUGCCAUCUAUGCUGGAGUCAUCAAGUCCAUUUUUGAGCCACCAGAUUUUCCAGUCUGUAUGUUGGGGAAUCGAACUCUACAAAACCACGGCUUUGACAAGUGUCUGAAGACUGAUGUCAUCGAUAACCUGACGGUCACCACCAAGCUGUGGAGUGUGUUCUGUGACGGACCGGAGCUCAACGCCACCUGCAACGAGUACUUUGCAAACAACAAUCUGACACUAGUUCAAGGCAUCCCCGGCCUGACCAGUGGAGUCCUCUUAGAGAACAUGUGGUCAGUGUACGGCCCCCUUGGCAUGAUGGUGGAAAACAAGAAGCUGUCAUCUUUUGGUGGAAGUGACCCUGCCAAGGACAUUUACCUCCCCUAUGUUGUCAACGACAUCGCCACCUUCUUUACUCUGUUGGUCGGCAUCUACUUCCCCUCUGUCACUGGGAUCAUGGCCGGUUCAAACCGCUCAGGUGACUUGAGGGAUGCCCAGAAGUCCAUCCCUGUUGGAACCAUCCUGGCUAUAGCCACCACUACUUUUAUCUACAUCUCCAGCGUGAUUCUGUUUGGUGCCUGUAUCGAGGGAGUCCUUCUUCGAGACAAGUUUGGUGAUUCGGUGAAAGGGAACCUGGUUAUCGGCACACUUUCCUGGCCCUCGCCCUGGGUCAUUGUGAUCGGCUCGUUCUUCUCCUGCUGUGGAGCAGGUCUGCAGAGUUUGACCGGCGCGCCUCGACUCCUGCAGGCUAUCGCCAGAGAUGGCAUAGUCCCGUUCCUGCAGGUGUUUGGUCAUGGGAAAGCUAAUGGAGAACCCACGUGGGCCUUGCUGCUGACAGCUGGGAUCUGUGAGAUCGGCAUCCUCAUCGCCUCGCUGGACGCCGUAGCUCCGAUCCUUUCCAUGUUUUUCCUUAUGUGCUACUUGUUUGUCAACCUGGCCUGUGCCGUUCAGACCCUGCUGCGAACGCCCAACUGGAGACCACGCUUCAAAUACUACCACUGGACCCUGUCCUUCCUGGGAAUGAGCUUGUGUCUUGCCAUCAUGUUCAUUUCUUCCUGGUAUUAUGCCAUUGUUGCCAUGGUGAUCGCUGGCUGCAUCUACAAAUACAUCGAAUAUCGAGGGGCUGAGAAGGAAUGGGGAGACGGCAUCCGUGGCCUCUCCCUCAACGCUGCGCGCUACGCCCUCAUUCGCCUUGAGGAUGCUCCGCCACACACCAAGAACUGGAGGCCCCAGGUACUGGUGCUCCUGAAUCUGGACUCAGAUCAAGGCGUCAAGCACCCACGUCUGCUGUCCUUGACUACUCAGCUGAAGGCGGGGAAAGGCCUGACGAUAGUGGGGAAUGUUUUACAGGGAACCUACCUCACGAAGGAAGCAGAGGCCAAGAAGGCUGAGCAGAACAUCAAGUCAGCGAUGUCUGCUGAGCGAACCAAAGGUUUCUGUCACGUUGUGGUGUCUUCAAACCUCAGAGAUGGAGUCUCCCACCUCAUUCAGUCGGCAGGUUUGGGGGGCAUGAAGCACAACACGGUCCUGAUGAGCUGGCCUGGAACCUGGAGACAAGCCAGUGACCCACUGUCAUGGAAAAACUUUAUAGAGACGGUACGUGAGACCACCGCAGCCCAUCAGGCCUUACUUGUAGCUAAAAACGUAGACAGCUUCCCCACUAACCAGGACCGCCUCGGUGAAGGCACCAUUGAUGUUUGGUGGGUGGUUCAUGACGGAGGCUUGCUGAUGCUGCUGCCCUUCCUGCUGAGACAGCACAAGGUGUGGAGGAAGUGCAAGAUGAGGAUCUUCACCGUUGCCCAGAUGGAUGACAACAGCAUCCAAAUGAAGAAAGAUCUCCAGAUGUUCCUGUACCACCUGCGGCUGGAUGCUGAAGUGGAAGUGGUGGAGAUGCAUGACAAUGAUAUAUCAGCCUUCACUUAUGAGAAGACACUGGUGAUGGAGCAGAGGUCUCAAAUGUUGAAACAGAUGCACCUUUCCAGGACCGAGAGGGAGAGAGAGAUUCAGAGUAUCACUGACGAGUCGCGUAGCUCAAUCCGGAGGAAGAACCAGGGAGCUACCGAGAACUCCACCGUCAGCCGGCAGUCCUCAACGGCGGAGGACAAUCAGGAGGACGAGGCCCAGCUCAUCCACGACAAGAACACAGCUUCUCACGUGGCUCUGAACGACAAGGCUGAAGCUGGGCCCGAGCAGGUGCACAUGACCUGGACAAAAGAGAAGCUCUUCACGGAGCGGAACCGCAACCGGGAACCUAAUGCCAACGUGGCUGUCCGGGACCUGUUCAACAUGAAGCCAGAGUGGGAGAGUCUGAACCAGUCGAAUGUGCGUCGCAUGCACACAGCUGUCAAGCUGAAUGAGGUGGUGGUCAACAAGUCGCAGGGAGCCCAUCUGGUUUUGCUCAACAUGCCAGGACCACCGAAGAACAGAGGAGGAGAUGAAAACUACAUGGAGUUCCUGGAGGUUCUCCUGGAGGGGCUCAACCGCGUUCUUCUAGUGAGAGGAGGGGGCCGGGAAGUCAUCACCAUCUACUCCUAAAACAAGCAAGAAGUUUGAAGACUCUCACGCCCAUCACUGCACAUAAGGGCGGCUUGCCAUGGAUACCUGUCUCCAGGCAGCUUUGAGAGAAAAAGCCCAAUUUGUUUUUUAUGAAGGGUCGGAGGUUGCUGGAAAGCGGGGCCACUUGUGACUGACAGAUGGACUGAACGACGUCGGGAUGAAGGAGAUGGCAGGAAGCUGAUGGACUGGCUGGCAGCGUGAGCACAGUGUGCCCCGCGCUGGGCACCAGAACCCCCGCAGAGGGGAGCUAGCGCAUAGAGACACUUUAUAUCUGUCGUUUAACCUGAAACACCCUGUUCUCUUCUCUUCUGUUCCAUCUUCACAUCCGCUCCAUGGCGUGUUUAUGUUGUCCACUUCCUGCCUGUCACCGUCUGCAGCUCAGCACAGAAGAAGUGGCUGCGUUGCUCAUGCCAACCUUGUUGCCCGUUCACGUUGCUCCCGGUGCGUUGAGCUCUGCACCUGAGGAGAAACCUGCACACAGCUUACAUGAUGGCAUGAUGCAGAGUGGCUUUAAAGAGGAAAAUCAGCCUUGUGCUGAUUUUUUUAUUAUUAUUAUUUAAAGAGGUGACAACACAGUUUCUUUUUGCAAAGUUUCAUCAACUUGUCAAAAGGUUUAUCAGAAUGAACUAGUUUAGAAGCUGCUUUUACACUGUGGUUAAAUAUUGUUCUUUCAUUCUCAUGCCUGGAUCCAACAUGGUGUUCAGGCUUCCUGUAUUUAGCAUGUUAAAGGACCAGCCAGUAGGAUGCUUAAUGUGCAUCGGUCACAUUUACGCUAAUGCUGUUUGUUUCUCUGUUUUUAUAGGGAGAAUAGCCAUAACUAAUGUUGAGCUAGUGUGUUUAGAGUCUCUGCAGGAGUGCUUGGUUGGGAACAAAUAUAUAUUUAUAUUUUUUUUUUGUUAAUUUUUUAAAAUGAAAUUGCUGUUCUUCAGUAUGCAUUAGUGUAACAUUUUAAACGGAUCGGCUAGAAGGUUUGCACAGAAAACCGAAUGAGGUGGCCCUCAGGAUUUUUAGCAUUGAUUUUAGAAAAGCAGAAAGACAAGAAGUGAUUUCUGCUUUGUGAUUCUGUGUGAAUCUCCCCAAACUGUUCUGGUUACAGCACUGUUAACUUUGCACAACCUUUCUUCGAGCACUUAAUUCACUUUCACUUGAUUUUUCAAGCCAACAUUGUUUUUGUCAACACCACUAAAUUGUUAACAGAAGCUAGUAGAAGGCAUACAUGCGUUUUUUUUUUUUAUUAGUCAUGUUUCUGUGUGAUGUUUUAUUCAUCGAAACUCUUUGGCUUUGAGUCCCAGACUGCAUAGACGAGUUGUUCUGUAGGAGGAAAAAGUGCCAAAAUGACCACAAGGAAACUGGAAGUAUGAUUACUUAAUGCAGCUCCGACCAUGGCCGCACUGAUGUCACUCAGAUCCUUUUUUUUUUAGUAUUUGGACAAUUUUAUUUAAAGAUAGAAAUACACUUUAGCAGAGCUCAUCGUUUCUAGCAGGAUUAUUUCAAAGCAAUCUCCAUUUGGAAUGAAUAAGGGCAUUUCCACCCGUGUUACGUGUGCUCCAGAGGCGCUGAGGAGGCAGGAUGGAAGCCCUCGCCGUGUGUACCUCCACAGUUUCUGCUCCUCAUUAGCCGUGCAGUAUUUUGUUGAACGGAGUCCCCUUUUCCUGCACUUCUGUGAAGGCGAAUGGGACCUCCUCACUUCAGUUCUACAUGUGUACGUUACUGUUGUGUUCUGGUGUUAAUGUAUGCCUGUCCAACUUUAUAGUUGUUGUUUUUCUUCGUAGUGUUUGUUACCUGAUCAUACCUGAUCUGUUACUUUUAAGUGUUUAUUUACAGGUGUGAAUUUUACAAAAAGAGGAAGAGUUUGUGUGAAGACAGCAGCAGUUGUCUUUUGUUUUCUUCUAUUUUUUGUGUUUUUGUUCCAACCUAAAGGAAACACAACAUGCACAGCACUAAGAAACUGAUCCAGAGACCUUCUGGACGUGAAGCUGAUGUCUGAGUUCUGUUUCUACAUGAAGUUCAAUGUUGCUCUUUGUUUUACAUCUAUAGUAACCAAAGAUGAAAUGUAAAAUUCAAAUUAAAAAAACCCCACAUUGUUUUAAAAAGUUU